CCGCUGUCGAGCUGUCAAAGACAAACUGUCAACAACACACUUAUUGUUUCACUCAUCUCUUCAGUCUGUGUCCCAGGAUUAUCUCUGGCGUGAUGGAGCUAGCAUGGAGUGGUUUGUACUCCCCUUGACAUGUGGAGCAACGCAGGAUCCCACCACCUCACAUCUCAUCUACAGCAGCACGGCCGAUCACAGCUGUCAUGGCCUCCAGUUACCCACCCCCUUUUGAAGGUACAGGUGAAGUGAAGGAGGGCUUUCUCUGCCCACUGUGCCUGAAGGACCUGCAGUCUUUCUACCAACUGCAAGACCACUACGAAGAGGAGCACUCUGGGGAUGACCGCCAUGUUAGGGGACAGCUGAAAAGUUUGGUUCAGAAGGCAAUAAAAGCCAAAGAUAAACUGUUGAAAAGGGAUGGAGAAGACAGACCGGACACAGGCAGUUAUGAGUCCUUCUACUAUGGUGGAGUGGACCCAUACAUGUGGGAGCCUCAGGAACUGGGUGCAACUAGAAGUCAUUUGGACUUCUUUAAGAAACACCGCGCAGCCAGGAUAGAUCACUAUGUCAUUGAGGUCAACAAGCUCAUCAUCAGACUGGAAAAGUUGACGUCUUUUGACAGGAUCAACUCAGAUGCCGCUAAAAUCAGAGCCAUUGAGAAGUCAGUAGUGUCAUGGGUGAACGAUUCAGAUGUCCCAUUCUGUCCUGAUUGUGGAAACAAGUUCAACAUGCGGAAUAGACGGCACCACUGCCGUCUCUGUGGGUCCAUCAUGUGUAGAAAGUGUAUGGACUUUGUCCCCAUACCUUUGGCCCAAAAGCUCAUUAGUGGGACACGAGAGGCUUUGUGUGUACCUGGAAGCCCUGGUCAGUCCCAGUCACCCCCAACAGGAGGUGGCAGCAGCAGUGGCGGUGGGAUGGGCUCCAGGAGAGGCAGCAUCAGCAGCCUGAGCAGCGUCACGUCCAUGCUGGAGGAAAAGGACGACGAGAAGAUUCGCUGCUGUCACCACUGCAUGGACACAUUGCUAAAGAGACAACAGAAGCUGGAGGAGAAAGACCACAUGCCUGACAUAGUGAAACUUUAUGAGAGGCUGAGGAUGUGCAUGGAGAAAGUGGAUGAAAAGGCUCCAGAAUACAUCAGAAUGGCAGAAUCUCUCAAUGCCGGAGAAACCACAUACAGUCUAGACAAGGCUGGUGGACUGAGACUGGAAGUACAGAAAUACUACGAGCUAAUCGAUGCCCUAAGUAAGAGGAUUUUAACACUAGGAAUUAAAGAUGAUCCACCUCCACAUCCAAAGACACUCCAGCUGCAGAAGAUGGUCCGCUAUACAGCCACGCUGUUUGUCCAGGAGAAGCUGUUAGGUCUCAUGUCUUUACCAACUAAGGACAAAUAUGAACAGCUGAAAGAAAAGAGGAAACAGGAACAAGAGAAGAGACUCCAACAAGAGAGACUGGCAUCCCAGGAGGCUUUGAAGAGGAGGCAGGAGGCUGAGAAAAACCGUCCAUCUGCCAGCACCAACGGAGAGCUGCUGCAGGCUCCUAGAGCUCCACGCAUGACCAAAGCUGGUGGUUGGUUGCCCUCCUCAGAUUCUACAAAUGUACGUAGCGAGCUGGAAGACCCCCUCCUGCAGCAGAUCGAGAACAUCCAGUCAUUCCUUCGUCAGGCGCGGGAAGCUAAGAGGGCAGAUGAGGUAGCGAUGCUGGAGGAGAACUUGAGUCAGCUGCAAGACGAAUACGACCAGCAACAGACCAGCCUGGCCAUCACUCUCUCCCAGAGGCUGGCUCGGGAAGAGAGUCUGCAGCAAGGGGAGCUCAGUCGCCUGGAAGCUCGGGAAAGAGAGGAGAGGGAGCACCAGGGCCCCGCUGUGAGCUCAAUUCAGCCUUCCUUCACCUGGGAGAGGUCUCUGGAUAUCGGCCCGGCAGACGGCUAUCAGGAAGAAGAAGACCCAGCAGCAGAGGAGUUGACUCCAAAAGCUGAGAGGAGCCCCUCAUCUGUUAGAGCAUUCCCUGCUCUCACAAGCCAAGAGGAGUCACCUCCAAGGUUGAGGAGUUUAGGGGGGCAUGUAACCCCCCCUGGUGGUGAAGGAAACAACAGCAGCCCCCUUAACCCUUUUGAUGAAGAAGACUCUACCCCCGUUGAGGAGGAUCCAUCUAAUCCCUUCUUUGAGGACAUCAAGAAGGAACACAAAGAAGUAUCCAAUGGAAAGAAAGAAUACAACCCCUUUGAUGAUGAUAACGAUCAGGAAGCUGAGGGGGACAAGCAUGUUGAGACAGCACCUAGUAACCCCUUUGAGGAGGAGGAAGACACUGAUGCAGGCAACCCUUUCAUUGAGGCCGGUGGGAAUUCACCAGGAGCCUCGACCAACCCCUUUGACGGGGAGGAUGAUGACGAGGUCUUGCCUGACGUGGACCUGAUAGAGGAGGAAUUGCUGCUGCAGCAGAUUGACAACAUUAGGGCCUACAUUUUUGACGCUAAGCUCAGCGGCCGUCUCGAUGAAGUGGAGCUUCUGUCAGAGAACCUGAGAGAGCUACAGCACACUCUGCAGGAACAGAAGAAAAAGAAACACUGACACCUUUCCCUCAGAAUCCCUUCAUCACCUGCUACUUACCAAGUCCUGCAAGGUUAGCUCUGAGCACACUCGUUUUAGUUUCGGUGAGGCACCUAAACAGAAAGAUUAGGUUACUUCCAAAAUUAAAUAUGUACUAGGCCUCAGUAGUCUGGACUAACUCUCUCUCUUAAUUUCCUAACAUCUUUCUAAACCACUUAUGUUGUACAGGGUCGCAGGAGCUGGAGCCAGUCCCAGCAUACACUGAAUGAAAGGCUGCAUACAGCCCGGACAGGUUGAUUUUUAAGCACUGCAAGUAAAAGUUCAUUUGUACAGGCAUGUCACAGACAAUACUGACCCUGUUGCACAUUUAUACAAUGGAAGACCGAAGAAUGCCAUUUAUAAGACAGUUGGAUGUUUUUUUUCAGUUGAAUUCGGUUGUGGUCUUGUGGAAGUCAGAAGCUAUAAACGAUAUCCAAAUGUAACCAUGGCUUAGGUUAAACAAAUGGGGGGCCAUAGAGCGACUAAUGCAUGUUUAAUGUCUGUGCUGUAGACUUCUGUAGUUAGCCAAAAACUGUUUAAAAACAUGCUGCACUGGGUUACAUGUUCCUUCAUCUCGAAGAGUAUGAGCAUGUUAGUUUGUGUAACAGCGAUCACGUCUUCAGUCUCCGGACAGAACUUCUGUGUAAGGCAGGAGCCAGUACGCAUGGUUGGUUUACAGAG